CUUUGCGAGUCUCCCUGCAUUUUCCUUCUCCAGCGAUUGGCUAGAGUCGUUCGACCGCUGGAAGCUGGAGGAGAGGGAGAGGCUCGGCGCUGUACUUACGUGUUUUAUGAUGCACGGACACCAGACAUGUACGAUGAACUCACCGACCUCUCAAGUACGCUUCCAAUGCGCAUAACUUCAUGCGGAAACGAUAUCUCAUCCGAACUGCGCAUGCUGAUAAUCCAUUAUUUACAUAUUGCGACGAUCCUAUCGAUUUGACGUCAAUUUUUGGGAGAAGCGGAUUUUGCACAUGGAUAUCGACAUAUUUCCCAAUAUGGUUUCCACGUAACUGGAGUAGGGCACGAUUGGAGAUGACCGACGCUUCUCGGAACGGCGACGAAACUCGGAUCGACUACGACAAAAUUGCUGCAGUUUUUUUUUUUUAUAGUUUCCUCUCGACCUUCUCGCCGAGAUUAUCAACGACGUUAUGGAUGUUAAUGUUAACACAUUGCAUGACGAGACAUCUCGCAUUUCUUAUUUAUCAAUCAAGAGCAGUUAUUAUUCGGUAACAUAGCAGUGAUUUUUAACUGCGAACAAAUCUUAAGUAACUUAAAAAUAUUUGACGUAAAAAAGUAGCUGGUUAUUGAUUAACAAUAAGAUGUCUGGUUCGCAAUAUGAUAAACUCGCCCCUCUUCGCCGUCGACGAUGUCAUAACAAGAUCAUCGGGUCAAUCGGGUCUAGAUAGAGAAGUUUUCGAUGCGUAUAAGAUGGGACCGACAGAGUUGAGUUCAAAAGCGCGAGGGAGAGGACGUGUGAUUUUCGGACGCGAUAUUUAUUCGUUCAUAUAUAUCAAUUAACGCUGUCGUACGGCACGUAGUACAACGCCGAUAGUCUUGCUCCAAAGUAAUCUUGCUCCAGGAGAGAUAUGUCCACGCUCAAGGAACAGCUUUCCCACAUGCCGAGUGACGAUAAGUAUUCGUUCAGUAGACCGAUGAGAGACAGGGAAUCGCGUAGCGCGAGGGAUGUACGCGUGAAUAUCAGCGAAAAUGACAAAAGGGGCGAGUACGAAUUAGGCGCUUGCGGUUACGGCAAGAACAAUGUCAAGUUGUUGUAUGUGCGUCGGAGCGACGAGUUGCGACACGAGAUUCGCGAGUACGAGGUCGACACGCACCUGCGCCUGAGCUCUCAGAGGGAUUAUCUCGAGGGUGACAAUCGGGACAUCAUCGCGACGGAUAGCCAGAAGAACACGGUGUACCUGAUGGCGAAGAAACACGGCAUCCACUCGCCCGAGGCGUUCGCGCUUCUCCUCUGCUCGCAUUUCCUCUACAUGUACGAGCAAGUGGCGGAAGUCAGUAUCAACGUCGAGGAGUACCCGUGGGCGAGGUACCAGGUUGACAACCGGCCGCACAAUCACGCCUUCAUUAUGUGCCCCACCGCGACGAGAUUCUGCCAAGUCAGUCAGCUCAGAAACGAAUCACCACGAAUACGCGGUGGAUUAAAGGAGCUGCGAGUAUUGAAAACCACGCAAAGCUCGUUUACGGAUUUUAUUCAGGAUGAGUACAGGACGUUGCCGGACAUGAACGAUCGUAUUUUCAGCACCGUCGUAACGGCGACCUGGGACUUCUCCACCGCGACCGGGGUGGAUUUCGACCGCGUGUGGGACAUGGUAAAGGAAUGCAUUAUGCAAAAUUUCGCGGGUCCACCGGACACGGGAAUCUAUUCGCCCAGUGUGCAGAAUACGCUUUAUCUCACAGAAAAGUGCAUACUUAAUAAAGUCAAGCAAAUUCGUAGCAUCGAGAUGCAAAUGCCGAACAAGCAUUACUUCGAUCUGGAUUUCAGCAAAUUCUCCAAAGUCAUACAAGGACAGAACAAGGAAGUUUAUCUGCCUAUGGAUAAGCCAUCGGGUAUUAUUUACGCUCGAUUAAACAGAAAGGAUUUCUCUCCCAAAUUGUAGAUAUUAUUAAGCAGAUAUGUUCUCGUCGGCUGUGGACCUGUACGACGCGCCUCCGGCGUGGUGGGAAACGGACUGCGUAAGAUACGGGUGGGUUGAAGCCUCGUCGGCCGGCUUGCUCGAGAGUAACCUCUUAAUUAAUCGACACAGGAUCAGUUAUACACCCGUGAGAUCGCGACUGACGUCGCUGAUGGGAAGUCACGUAGUGCGAUUGACAGAUCGCGGAUACAUGACGCGGCUCUCGUCGAGGCUGCAGGAAGAUUACGAGGUGCGGCAAAGAGCUCGAAUCGAACGAAGGAAAUUGCGGGCCACCUCGGUCGUACCGGAACUGCGUGAAUUACUGCCCGAAUCGUUGCUGAAAACGACUCGGCGACGUCGUCCGUGCGCCCCAAAAUUUCACGCGGGCGCGGCUAAGCUGUGUAAACAACUUCCGCAGCUGUUACUCGCGGAUGACCCAAAGCUCCACGUCGGAAUUCUAAACGCGUGAUUAUUUCACAUUUAUUUUGCGCCGCUUUAGGCGAGCGAGAUCUAGAUGUGAUCCAACAGAAUUUAGAUGUCAAGAAACAUCUUUCGGGAUGUCUGUUAUUCGCGCAAUAAAUAACAAGCCAUCUAAGUGAAACUUAUAUCAGACUAAGCGCUUGGAGAGACUAAUCGUAAGCUUUCAAUUAGCUAAACUAAAGCUAAACGAAUGAUUUGAUGUAGCAUUCGGUGACCAAUUUUAAUCACAAUUAGUUAGUUUCAGCGUAGCCUUAAGUCGUCACCGUCUCCGACCUUCUCUGUCGCGAUUUCUUCAACGGCAAAUGGAACAUGAGCUGCCGGUUGAUGGGGAUCCGCAUCAGUAUUCCCCUGGAGUUACGAUCGAUCGUAUCGUGGGCGUCAUCGGUGCCUGCAAAAGAAAAAGAUCGCUAUUUUUAAUCGCUCGAGAUCGCCCAGCUCCGCCUCUUACUCGUUCCGGUCGACGAACGAACGAUUGAUUUUUCCGUCGCGCGGAAUUAUCCGAACUCACCUAGAAUCUCGUCGCUCCAGAGGUCAUCCCAUGGAUCCGGCUCGGACAGGUGUUGAAAGCCCGACGAAAAGAUUAGCGAGGGAUCGGGCGCGUAUUUGUAGCGGAGGUCCGACCAUCCGAACGACGCGAGAGUGUCGCUGGAAAAUAAAAAGAACACUCAUGGGUAGCGCCAGUCAUGCGUGAUAUUAAUAUAACAUUUGCAAAUAGAGCUGAAGGAUCUCGGCGGCGCGAGAUUACGAGUUUUCUCGCGCGUGCUCGAGAUACGAUAACUAAACUGAACUUGGAGUAUCACUUUCCCUCGAGCGCGAUGACUUAUUGUUUCUAUCCAGAUUAGUUUUUUUUAUCAGGUGCAAUCUCGAGUCGCGAAACGAGUUUAAUCCUUUUUACUCGAAAAACUGGAAUGUACCUGUAAAGUUCGUCGAGAUAGUAUUUAUCCGGAGCUCUCGUCCAUGCUAAUGGAUGGAAAGGCAUCGCCGGCAUUGGAAGAUAGUGUAUGUGAUAAUGCUGCACGUGAUUCGUCUUGGUCUUCUUCUCCUUCAGAGAUUGAAAGAAUUCCUUCAGUGCUUUCUUAGGGCUGCAACGUAAGAGGUAUUAAUAAAUGAUGAAAGACGUAAAAGUAAAAAGUAGAUAUAAAAUGACACGCUUGUCAUCGUCCCAAUCGAGAGAGAGAGAGAGAGAGAGAGAGAGAUUCAUCAAGAAGGCUUUUUAAAAAUUGAGCCGCUUCGGAGCGGGGCUAGGGUGAUAAAAGCUUAUUACUCAGACAAUCGCGAGUCUACUCGCUUGAACUCAGUUUAGAAUUCGAUUACCGAAGGAUGUAAAAAAUUGUGAAAAAAAUAGCAUCGACCUUUCGGUCGAAUAAAAAUAACUCAAAAUAAAAAAAUUCACAAGGAGUUCAGAUUGAUUUGGAACAUUCUGUAUAAGACCAAAUAACUCUUUUCGAGUCUUAAUAGUCCCGAUACUGAAAAAAAUAAUGAAAAACGCACUCACUAGUCUAAAAAAAAUUCUUCCGAGGGUCCGACUAGUAGCAUCACGGGCAGCGCCAACUGCAAAUUACCACAAUGAUUAAUUUUUUACUUUCCCUUUCGAUUUUUCUUUUUUCUAAAUUUUAUUCUCUCGUUCAUGCAUAUUUAAUAAUUUAUCGGCGACCUCGAGAAACACAUGCCGACUAACUUGACUCGCGCGCGCGUUGAAUUAUACUAAAUUAUUUAUUAGCAGGAUUAGCAGGUCACAGAGAGCACAAGUUGUCGAAGCACUUCCUCCGCGCAACGAAGAACUGUCGACUGAGAUUCAAAAUUUACGAGAUCUAUACGGCCGUUUAGAUAUCUAUAACUGGUCGGUCAUUUACUUGCAACACCAGCCCGGUCUUCAUGCUGCAGCACCAACUGGAAGAUCGGUCGCUUCGCUACGAUUCGCAGUGAUAUCUGCGAUAUACGAUAAACUGAGAAUUUCGACGAAACUGGAUCGCUUUAUAGCUGCGCUCUUACCCUCUUUCUCUCCACGCGCUCAUACUUUUCAUUUUUCCCUCGGCCGUGGUUCAUCAGGCUGUCGGCCGAAGCCGACUUUACGUCUCCUGAGAAGCAUGUGUCGCCGCAUUGUCAUAAUUGCCUUCUCGCGGCUAUAAUAGUCUGGGAGGCGUUGCCGUGUGACACAUUUAUUACAUUGUACGCAUCAUUACGAAUUGUUGAAUAGCGUUUGAAUGUAAAUAGGUGUAAAAACAUUUUCUUAUUAGAAAGAAAGUAAGAAGAAUAGAAUUUUCAUUUCUAUCGCCGUUGUGUGCGAAUUGUUCUCAUCAUUUAUUUAUAUCGAGUAAUUUUAACUUUUUCUCGUCGCUUUAUUUAUAUCGAGACAUUUUAACUUUUCCUUCUCUAAGAAAGGAGAGGUUCGAAUCAAUUCGAAAGGUUCCCAAAGUAUUCCCAAAUAAUAAGUUUGCUUUUAAAAUUCUUUUGUUUAACCACUGGAAGGUUCCUUUCGAAUUUGUCACAUGUUUUGGAUCACUUUUACACGACGAUAAAUAACGUCAGCUUGCUAUCUGGGAAAUUGAAGAAUUUCAAAGCAAACGGUGAGAAACAUUUGUCCAUAAUAAGGGUAACAAUAAAUGUAUCACUACUUUACUUUCUAAUGAACUAUACCGAGAGAACUUUUACGUCUAUUUAAUCUUUCCUACGAGCUGAUGUAGUGCGGAUCUUACAUUUAUACGCUGACAAUCUUUUAUAUCUAUUUAAGACCUGUCUUUUUGCCGUGACCACAUGCAGUAAAUCGUAAACGUCGGAGACGAGAAAUCACAUAAAUAUUUCUCUCGCAAUGUAUAUCGAAGUAAUUUCAUGUUUUCAUAUGGCACCGCUCGCUUUCGAUAAUAGAAACUGAUAAAAUAUGCCGGAAA